CGCUUCUUCCCCUUCAUAUAUUUCUCUCCUCCAUUCCUCUCCCUCCCUCCCCUGUCUCUCUCUCUCUCUCUUCUCGAGUCGAAAGCGAUUUUUAUAAAAGGAGAUUCGUAUUCCCCAAUUCCUAGUUUAUCUCCCUCUCCUACCCGUCUCUCGAAAUCUUUCCAUUCCCCAAGAGCAACCUAGACAGGGAGGGAGACAGAGAGAGAAGGCGGGAGAGAGAGACAGAGAGAGAGAGAGAAGAGAGAAGAACGUACAGGAAGACAGCUCUGCUCUGCGAACGCCUCUCUCUCUCUCGCGCAGCCACUCGAGCUCCCAGGCCCCUCUCCCGGCCCCGCCCCUGCUCCUACGUGGUCGGCAGUGGCCUCGCCUUCGUCUCCGAGGUGGUUGUCGUAGCUGCGUCCGGCCACCAAACUCAUUCCCCUGCCUCUUUCCUUCUCCCCUGUUUCUCGAACGUUUUAAUUCCCAGAUCCGUACGCCUCUCGCCUUCCGCCGUUUGUAUAAACCCUCCGUCAAAAUCCUUCCUUUCCGUUCCCAAUCGUCUUGGAAUCGUCGAAAACUAAAACCCAAUACGAGUCCCCGUCCGCCAUGGCCUCCGGCGCGUCGUCCAGCCCCGCCGCCGCCACCCCCGCCGGCGUCCAGAUCCACCAGUCCCGGAGGCUGCCCGAUUUCCUCCAGAGCGUGAACUUGAAGUACGUCAAGCUGGGGUAUCAUUACCUGAUGACCCAUUUCUUGACCCUCCUGCUCGUGCCUUCCAUGGCCGUCAUCAUCGUCCAGGCUUCGCAGAUGAACCCGGAGGAGAUUAACCAAUUGUGGCUCCACCUCAAGUACAACCUCGUGAGCGUCAUCAUUUGCUCUGCUUUCCUCGUCUUCGGAUCCACCGUCUACAUUAUGUCGCGACCCAGAUCCGUUUACUUGGUCGACUACUCCUGUUACAAGCCCCCGGAGCAUCUGCAAGUGAAGUUUCAUCAGUUCAUGGAGCACUCGAAGCUCACCGGCGAUUUCGACGAGUCGUCGCUUGAGUUCCAGAGGAAGAUUCUCGCGAGAUCAGGGCUUGGGGAGGAGACUUACGUGCCCGAGGCAAUGCACUACCUUCCGCCGAGGCCGUCUAUGGCGGCCGCGAGGGAAGAAUCAGAGCAGGUGAUGUAUGGUGCUCUGGAUAAUCUGUUUGCUAAUACUAAUGUUAAGCCCAAGGACAUUGGGAUUCUUGUUGUGAACUGUAGCUUGUUUAAUCCCACACCUUCGCUGUCUGCUAUGAUUGUCAAUAAGUACAAGCUGAGGGGCAAUAUCAAGAGCUUCAAUUUGGGGGGGAUGGGGUGUAGCGCCGGUGUCAUAGCUGUUGAUCUUGCUAAGGACAUGUUACAAGUUCAUAGGAACACUUAUGCUGUGGUUGUGAGCACCGAGAACAUUACUCAAAAUUGGUAUUUUGGGAACAAGAAGUCGAUGUUGAUUCCGAAUUGUCUGUUUAGAGUCGGGGGAGCUGCGGUUUUAUUGUCCAACAAGUCAUCUGAUAGGAGGAGGGCUAAGUACAAGCUUGUCCAUGUGGUUCGGACACAUCGUGGGGCUGAUGAUAAGGCGUUUAGGUGUGUAUAUCAGGAGCAGGAUGAUGUGGGCAAAACCGGAGUUUCACUAUCAAAGGAUCUGAUGGCAAUUGCCGGCGGGGCACUUAAGACUAACAUCACUACAUUGGGCCCUCUUGUUUUGCCGAUCAGCGAGCAACUCCUAUUUUUUGCUACCUUGGUAGCUAAGAAGUUCUUUAAUGCUAAAGUCAAGCCGUACAUUCCGGAUUUUAAGCUCGCUUUUGAUCAUUUCUGUAUACAUGCUGGUGGGAGGGCUGUGAUUGAUGAGCUGGAGAAGAAUCUGCAGCUCCUUCCGAGUCACGUUGAAGCUUCUAGAAUGGCCUUACACCGGUUUGGUAACACUUCGUCGAGCUCGAUCUGGUACGAGCUGGCUUACACGGAAGCCAAGGGGAGGAUGCGAAGGGGAAACCGUGUUUGGCAAAUUGCUUUUGGAAGUGGUUUCAAAUGUAACAGUGCAGUGUGGCAGGCACUCCGGAACGUGACUCCUUCACCCAGUAGUCCCUGGGAAGAUUGCAUUCACAAGUAUCCAGUGCAGUUAAUGCUAUAACUGCUAGAAACAUAUCGGUUAGCGGAUUCCUAGUUUACGCUGAGGAUACCAUUGAAGGGUUAGCUAGAAAAAGUAUCUAGACCUGUCUUUACUGCGUCGAGAGUCUAAUUUAUCCAGUUUGUGUAUGUGUUGUUUAGGCUCAAAAGUCUCUACCGGUUUUUUUUUUUUUUUUUUUUGGUUUCUUUUGCUCUGGGUGUCUGAACAGUUUGGAAUCUUGAAUGCUUUCCCCUGUAGUUUGAUAUUGUGAUACUGAGGAACUUGUUCUUGUACUUUAAUCAGUGUACUUAAUCACUUUUUAGAAACCUUCAGCCCCUGGGAUUUGGAUCUUUUUUGUUAAAAAUCAUUGCAUGAUCUGAUGCUUGGGGCGGAUGGAAUUGUA